AUGAGCAACAAGGCAUUCCUAACAACUAAUUUAGUUGGUGGACUUGGAAACCAGCUUUUUCUUGUUGCCAAUCUAUUAGCCACGGCCCGUCGAAACGGUCUGACAGCUGUACUGCCGCGGAUGAGCUUUAGCAGUAGCAACGAGCAACCACGACCUGUGUACUGGCAAUCAGUGUUUGCUAACCUUGAGUCGUACGGCGUAGGACAUGAUCUUCCAACAGGCGUCCCUGAAGUAAUUGUGCCAGAGCAGCGGCCGGCUGCAGCCGUGACGCUUGAUGCAUCUAGGCAAUGUGUGUAUAACAUGGUGGGUUUUUUUCAGUCAGAAACGUUCUUUGCCGAUCAUCCUGUCGUGAGCGAAGUGAUAUCUCCAGAGAUGCGACGGACGUCGAUGAGGCACAUGUGGGAAAACUACAACAACGGGUACAAGGAUCCUAGCCUAGCGCACUAUGUUGGACUGCACAUUCGGCGUGGAGAUUAUCUACGUUUGCGUGAUGUGUUUGAAAUUCUGGAAGUGGACUAUUAUGAUGCUGCUGUGCGGCAGCUUCUGGGUUGCGCUCUGCACCAGCGGUCUCCGGGUCAUCGUAGUACACAUCUCCUUGUGUUCUGCGAGGAGGAAGAAAGACGGUACGGCGCUUCGGUUGUUGGAUAUUUCCGAAGCAAAUACGAGGGGUUGGAGGUUUCUCUUGUUUCUCCCACCAAAGAGCAUGUGAAGUUUCCUUGUGAUGCUCAGAUGCCCCGUGAGGUACUAGAGUUGUUGAUGCUAUCGAGUUGUGACGAUGUUAUCAUGGCAAAUUCAUCGUGGUCCUGGUGGGCAGCGUAUUUGAAUAGCAGACCGGUGCGGCGCGUGGUGGCACCGUCCCGUUGGUUUGUUCAGCACCCUUACCCCCAGUCAAACCAUAUGUACUGUAACGACUGGAUCCUCCUGUAG